AUGGCCUCUGUCAGAAAGAUGAUCAACCAAAUGCUGACACAACAGAAAGCCCACUACCUGGAGAUGCUGGACAGACAAACUGACACCUUUAAUAGGUUUGUCAAAGUGAUUCUGGAUUCCACCAACGAGCGUCUUGACUCCAUGAACAGGAAUAUACAGGAGAUCAAGGACAGUAUUCAUUACACCCAGCGAGAGGUAGAUGAGAUUAAAGCUACUGUGUCCAAAUUCUCUGGUGAUCCCAACACUCUGGAAAAUAAUAUGAAAAUCCUCUGUGACAGCCUUGUCACGCUAGACAGUAAGGCUGACUAUCUCGAAAGUCAGUCAAAAAGAAAUAAUCUAAUCUUCGAAGGGAUUGAGGAAUCGGCACAGGAGAGCUGGGCGGAUACUGAAGGUAAAGUCCGCACUUUAAUCUCUGAAAAAUUGAAGUUGGAUGCCAGAGCAAUGCCUAUUGAAAGGGCUCACCGCAGUGGAAAGCCAGAAAACAGAGCUGACAACAAGCAUCCUAUUAUUGUUAAAUUCCUAAACUACAAGGACAAGGAGCUCAUCCUGAAGAGGAGAAAGGAACUGAAGAAGACUGCUCCUGGGGUUUACAUCAACGAGGACUUUUCUGAGGCUGUAAGGCAGAAGAGACGAGAUCUUAUGCCUAAACUAAGGGAGGCAUGGAACAGAGGGGACAUUGCCUACUUAAGAUAUGAUCCUGCACAAUGA